AUGAAUGUGAUUCAUAAGAUCCGGAAAUUGCAUGAUAAUGCCACGUGGAUUGUGCUCUCCAUUCUAGCAGCUUGGUUUGAAGGAUUGAUUGGAAUGCUCAUGAUUUGUCCAUAUAAGUUUGGGUUCUGCACAUUGGGAGAUCCAUCCAAAAUAUUCUAUGGAUUCGAAAGUGAUGAAUACCUUCCGAUCAAUCUUUCCUGGGAAAGUGCUCCAUUACUACUUGGUUCAAUUCUAAUUUGGCAUUAUUUGGGACUUUUGAAUGGGGGAAUCAUCUGUUUUGUAAUUGAGAGAUCACUUGCCACGUUGUUAUCACGGUAA